AAUGUCGCAUCCUAGUUAAGAGCAAGGUCUUUAAACUACUAUUCCCAGAAAGACGGGGGAAUUUUCCAGGUGACUUUGCGAAGGCAUGGCAGGGACCCUGUGAAUGUCAACCCAGAAGGUAAUCAGAGCAUUUUAAUUCAAAUAGAAUGAAGACAGAAGGGAAGGUGGACAUCAGGUUCUCUGUGGAGACUUUUCGUUUUCAUUUACGCUGCUGAAGCUAAGGUUUUUGCCUAACACCCCAUGUAUGUAAAGGUACAGGCUUGAGUAGGACUCCGGCCGGAUGUGAGGUGAACCCUAAAGCUUUCUUAAUUGUAGUUAGCAUCGUCCCUAAGCGGAGCGAUUUUUGUGAACAUGAUUUGUACUUUUCUACGAGCCAUACAAUAUACGGAGAAGCUGCACAGGUCCCCGGCAAAGCGAUUACUUUUGCCACACCUUGUGCUUAACAAAGCGUGCUUGAAGACUGAGCCCAGUUUGAGAUGGGGGCUUCAAUAUCAAAAGAAAACAGUGCGACCUAGAUGUGUUCUUGGAGUCACCCAGAAAGCCCUCUGGACUCAGGGGCCGAGCUCCCGAAAAGCAAAGGAGGAUAGUAGCAAACAAGUGUCGGUGCACAGGAGUCAGAGAGAGGGAACCGCCGUCUCAACAGCACAAAAAGUGAAAGAAGCCGGAAGAGAUUUUACCUAUUUAAUAGUGGUGCUCUUUGGAAUCACCAUUACAGGUGGCUUGUUUUACACAAUUUUCAAAGAACUCUUUUCUUCCUCAAGUCCUAGCAAGAUAUAUGGGAGAGCCCUAGAAAAAUGCAGAUCACAUCCUGAGGUGAUCGGUGUCUUUGGUGAGCCUCUUAAAGGCUACGGGGAGGCGACAAGGCGGGGUCGCAGGCAGCACAUCAGUUUCAUUGAAUAUGUAAAAGAUGGGCUGGAACACAUGCGUGUGAAAUUCUACAUCGAGGGCUCCGAACCAGGGAAGCAAGGAACGGUGCAUGCAGAAGUGAAGGAGAAUCCAAAAAGUGGUGAAUAUGAUUUUCGAUACGUAUUUGUAGAAAUUGAAUCCUAUCCUAGAAGAACUAUUAUCGUUGAAGAUAAUCGAUCCCAAGAUGAUUAAAGAAUCAAGCCAUCAGGUUACAGAUGGACGCUGGGUGGCGUGGACUCACCACUCAGAUCUUCACAGCUCUCUUCCAGAAUCUGUUCAAAAGACAGGAAGGAGUGUAUGGUUUCUAAAGUGAAUCUAAUACAGUAUUGGUUACAUUUAAACAAACUGGACAUUUUCUUCUGGGAAAAUUAUGAAAUGGAGCCUAUUUUAUGUUCUCCCAUUGAAUCGAUUAUGACAGUAUUUCUGCUUUAACACCAACUUUCCUGAGUAGAAAUGUUUGUGAUUGAAAAUUUUACAUCAUGUAAAUAAAGGAAAUAGAUUUUAGUUUUGUAUUAUAGAACUGAAUAAUGACUUCAGAAUAAAAUUAAAACUAACAAAUAUUUCAUCA